UAGAAUGGAACACAAGCAUAGUGAUAAGUCGGAAAACAGAAAUGAAAAUAGCAAUCAAUCGGGUCCGAUUUCGACAUCAAAAUUCUUAGACUUUUUGAAAUUAGCGUGCCGCGUACACGAAUCAAUUAUUCUUAAAGAUGAUAGUGGAAAAACGCUUGAUUAUAAUGCACUCGCACAAAAUGAGCUGGUGAACGCAUUGGUGAAUUCUAAAUCAGAUCAAAGCCCUAAAUCGAACGGCGCCGAAGAUGGAAGCAGCAACGAUAAAAAUGGUGAGUGUGAUCAAAAUGAAAAUAAUUUAAGUCAAAAAUGGAAUCGAAGUCGUCAUAGUUUCAAUGAAAAAUCGCCGUUGGACACGGUUCUUACUGAAAAACUGAAUGAAGUGAUUAGCGAAGGAAUUUUAGAUUCAAUUCUGCCAUUCAUUUGUGCAGCCAAUUUACCGCUACAAAAUGAUAAGUUGAAUGUAAGCCACACGUGUGGUUUGAAAACAAAGUCAAAUGCCAAAUUGUUGAGUCCACGAAUUGUUGUGAAUAAUGGCGAGUCGCCAGGUACAAGUAAAUCAAACAAUGAGAAUAGUUCAAAUCUUCGAUCGUCUUCCAAAGAGCGACAUCAACGCCGCAAAUCCAGCCAAUCAAUCGGAUUGCUAUCAGACCAUGAAGUAUUAAUCCAUGUUUGUGAUGAGGUCAAAGGAACAUCGAAAGAUUUUUCAUGCCCACAGAGGUUGUUGGUAUCGAAAAUGGGCUAUUUUGCCGAUGUCACUGCUGGUCAACGGCUUGAAGAUAUGGACAUAUCUGUUCACUGUGAUUUGCAAAUAUUCGAGUGGCUCAUGCGAUGGGUGAAGAAAGAUGCGUUGUCGGAGGAAAUGUGGCCAUUACUUGAUUCCACCAAUGUCGUGCCAAUUCUUGUUUCAGCUGGUUUCUUGCAAAUGGAACCACUUUUGUUGGAUUGUUUAGCCCAUUGCCAUGCAAAUUUAAAUGAAAUUGUUAAAGCGUCUGCAAAUUUAUCCUGUUUGAACGAAAGUAUCAUUUCACGAUUGGCCGCCAUGUUCACGAAUUUGGAAUUGGAAAUGGUGAAAGAUAAAAAAGAACGUGUCACUCCACGCAUAUGGAUCAAAAUGAUUCAGAGCUUGUGCGAACCUGAACCACAAGCACUUCGCGGACACUAUGGCAGUCUAUGUGAUUUAUUUCGUUGUUCACGUUGCUUGAAAUGUGUCAAUGAUUCGAUGGCAACCAUAAUACACUGUGAUCCUUCGAAUAUGCAUUUAAAUCGAUAUGGUCAAGUUAUCAGCCAACAUUGCCGUGACACAUCGUGGAAUUUCAAUCAUUUUAUCUCAACACUGUACAAGGAGUUGAAAUCGUGGAGAAAAGUUUAUUGGCGACUUUGGGGAAAUGUUCAUUAUCUAUAUUGUGCCACAUGUGAAAGCUACUUUCCAUUGUAUCAGAUGAACUGGUGCUUAUAUCAUUCGGAACAAGCGCAAUUUCUGGGACCCGUAACUGAAACUCGAAUGCCAGGACCAGCUGGGAGAUACACUUGCUGCGGCCAACAGGCUUUCCGUUACGAAACUCUGCCAGGGCCAAUGGGGUGUCAAUAUCGUGAGCACACUGUUCAAAUUCUAAACGAUCGAGAUCGUGCAAUAUUAAAAUUGGCUCAAGUUGCUGCCGAAGGAAAUUGUUUAUACGAACCGCCUCCAAGUAAACUGUUGAAGGCCAGUGUUUUGAAUGAAACUUGGUGGAAUGGUAUCAUUUUGACACCGUCCAAAGAUCGCCCUGGAUUAUUACCGCCAAUUGUACUCGCUGAGAACCGAAUUGGUCGAGCGUGUCCAAAGUUGUACGUUCAGUCAUCGGCUUCGUUUGACUCGAGCAGCGAUAGUGAAUCUAGCAACAAUUACAAAAGCAAUAAAUUAUUGAAACAAUUUUCGACGACAAGUAGCGAUGGAUGCGAGUCAGAUUUCAGUAGUCCAAGACUAGUGAAGCCGAGAAUGAGGCCAGCACAGAAUCGCAAAGCCAAACCAUCUGGAAGAUAUUGGUCGGGUGAGAUUUCGGCACGCAGCAAUCAGGAUAAUCAAAGAGAAUUCGAGGAACGGGCCAUGCGGCAGAUCCAAUCGAUGGUGCGAAAGAAGAUGGGCAACGAAAAUCAAAUGCAUCACGAAUCGCAUCCGAUUGGUGGCAGUUAUGUGUGUCUGGAAGCCGAAUGGCGGGAAAAGCAUCGACAGAACAAAGUCAAAAUGUCCGGCAAAUGA